AUGCAAAACGGAGUUGAGAAUAAAAAUUCAAAAGCCCAACUCCAACCUCCUAAAAUCUUAACUCCAACUCCACCGAAAAAAUCCUCAACUCCGGAGUUGGAGUUGCCCAGCCCUGCGCCAGCAAAUGAUUUUAAUGAAGAAUUGGAUGAAAUACGUAUGGCUGACAACGAUCAAGUGUCAGAUGAAUGUAUUGUAGAUAGCAGUGAUGACUUGGAAGACGAUGAGUAUGCUCCAUCAACUGAGGAACAAUCAACAGUCGAUGAAAGUGAUACUUUCUCUAUCAGUAGCAGUAUCAUCGAUGAAGAAGAUAAUUUAACACAGUCACAACAAGAACGUCAAGUAUAA